AUGGCAGAUCAAUUCAAGGCCCGGACGCUGAAGCGCAAGAAUGUCAAAGGCCUUGCUCUGAAUGCAGCCCCCAAGGCCGCUGACAAGCCCUCCGAUGGCGAUGCCCAGAUCCCGGGCGCUAUCGGCAACGCCGAUAGCAAUCGCACCGAUACCCUGGAGAUUGGUCUCGAGUUUCGAUUAGAUCUGCGCAGUGAGGAUCUCAUCACCCUCAAGGAGCUUGGUGCUGGAAAUGGCGGUACCGUCUCCAAAGUGAUGCAUGCCUCCACAAAAGUGGUGAUGGCUCGCAAGGUCAUUCGAGUGGACGCCAAAGAGAACGUGCGCAAGCAAAUCCUGCGAGAGCUUCGAGUGGGACAUGAGUGUAACUCUCCUAACAUUGUGACAUUCUACGGAGCUUUCCAAAAUGAGGCUGGGGACAUUGUUCUGUGCAUGGAGUACAUGGACUGUGGUUCGCUCGAUCGCAUUUCUAAAGACUUUGGCCCUAUCCGAGUCGACGUUCUCGGUAAGAUUACCGAGUCGGUGCUGGCUGGUCUCUGCUACCUGUACGAGGCCCAUCGCAUCAUGCAUCGUGAUAUCAAACCAUCCAACGUGGUGGUGAACUCCCGUGGUCAAAUCAAGCUCUGCGAUUUUGGCGUCGCCAGCGAGACGGUAAAUUCGAUUGCCGAUACAUUCGUCGGCACAUCCACAUACAUGGCACCCGAGCGGAUUCAAGGAGGUGCCUACACUGUCCGCUCAGAUGUCUGGAGCGUGGGCUUGACUGUCAUGGAAUUGGCCGUGGGUCGAUUCCCAUUCGACAGCAACGACUCUGCGGCCGGCGAUCGUGCCAGCGCAGGGCCGAUGGGCAUCUUGGAUCUGCUGCAGCAGAUUGUGCAUGAGACCGCACCUAAGUUGCCAAAGAGUGAUGCAUUCCCGCCCAUUCUGCAUGACUUUGUGGGCAAGUGUUUGUUGAAGAAGCCCGAGGAGCGUCCAACCCCACGGGAGCUUUAUGACAAGGAUGCCUUCCUACAAGCUGCCAAGCGUACACCCGUCGAUCUCCAGGAAUGGGCCAUCAGUAUGAUGGAGCGACACAACCGCAAGUCUUACCUGGCUCCUCCUGCUCCAAAGUCACUCAAGGAUACGCCCUCAUCCAUGCCUCAUUCAAAUCCAUCCACGUCACCGGCACCACCGGCACCAAUGGUACAAAUCUCAAAGUCUCCUGUGCCGGGACUCAAGCCGGCCCCUAUCAGCAAGACUUCUCGACCUUUACACUCCCAACCCCAGGCGCAAUCGCCAUACCAUCCUGCGUCAGGCGACAUCCCCUUGAACAUUGCGAACGACAGUCACUCGACCUCCAGCCGUGGCUAUGGCUCCUCGGACGCCUACCCGCACUACCCAAAUCCGACUCCGUUCACACAGACGCGAGCUGCGCACUCUCCUCCCCCUCCUUCGCUGGAGCAUCUCUCUCUCGAAAGCAAAGAAGAUGAUCCUCGCUACGGGCGUCGGCCCAUGCGCCACCACGGAGACCCAGGAUCCGCUGUCGAGCAGCCCUCUCGACCGUACAUGAGCCCGCGCUCCGCCAGCUCUCAUAAUUCAAAGCGGACAAAUCUUUCCUCGGGCACACUGCCAGUCAGAGCAGCUCAAGCUCCGCCACCGCCACCCCCCGUCUCGGCUGGUAGCUGGCGAGGAUAUCCAGGCCAGAUGCCUUCCUCGUAA